AUGCCGCUGCAGCCGAUAAACCACUACCGGAAGCGACAACGAUCCCAAUUUCUCCAUCUCUUGCCGCCUAUCGGAGCUACGCCAUCGAUCUCCAUUGCCAACCGACCACCUUUAAUUUACGACCUCACAGAGCUGCGCCGAAAAUCUCCGUUCCAACGCCGCGACACUCAGAGCUCGCCGACGGCAAACACGCGGAGCAAAGCUCGGUUUGUAAAGCAUUUACAGGGGACUCGCGAAGUGUGCAUUGCUGACCAGUCACUCAAAGUUUCCUUCAGUGGGCAUAGAAAUUUAACCCUACCCGAUGUUGGCUGCGGGCCGCGUCCCCCCAACUCCCGGGAUAGGUGCUGGUUCCCUCGAGAAAGUUUUAGAAACUUCUCAGUUCCCCACCCGGCGUUGGCUGCGGGUCUCACCCCCCUAACCGGGGCAUGCGCGGUUUCCUCAAUGGCGGAGUCUAGACUGUGCGUGGGGUGCUAGAUCUACUUGCUUACUUCCGAUGUGAGUCUUCUCACUAUACUUACCUGAGCGGUAAUACUGUGUGACCGGAGGGUCUUAUUGAGUUAUCGACCGGAGGGUCAUAUGUGUUUAUACUGAGUUAUGUGAUAUUAUGUAUUUUGUCUUUGUGAUAUGUGCUCUAUUCUGUGUUUUACUGAGAUAGGACCGGAGGGUCCAAACCGAGUUGUGAGACCGGAGGGUCUUCACUGAGAUAUAGGACUGGAGGGUCCAACCCGAGCUAUGAGAGCGGGGGUCCUCACUGAGACACAUGACCGGAGGGUCCACACCAAGCCGUGAGACCGGAGGGUCCUCACCGAGACGCAUGAGACCGGAGGGUCCAUGCCGAGUUAUAGCCAUGAAAGGCUUAUUAUUUGUGUAUGUGGUAUUUUGGGGAACUCACUAAGCUUUGUGCUUACCGUGUUGUGUGUUAUGUGUUUCAGGUACUUCUCAGGAUCGCGGGAAGGCGUCGGCUUGAUUGUACACACAUGUUUGAGUAUAUGUCGAGGAUUCUGGGAUAUUAUCAGUUGUUUUGUUAAAUCGUGUUUUUGACAUUUGAUACAUUGUGAUUUUGAGAAAAUGUGAU